AUGUUCCUUUUUGCUUCGGUAUUUCAUCAGUUUUCCGUGCGCGGAGCAAUGAGUGAAGACUUCGCCCAUGCGAAACGGCGCUUUCAAAGGCUCACUCUGCAGGCCCUUGAAUUGGCAGGUCAGGACCUCCAUUCCCUAAGAGCUGACCAGGUAUAUGUGAAGCAACACAUACAGGAGAGCGUUGUACGCCUGAAUGGUCUCACAAGCCGAAUGCAUCGCUGUGGAGCACGGGUUGAGCAGCAGGGCGAAGAAAAGAGGAAACUGGAGAUGCGUGUGGCAGAGCUGACCCAGGCUAAGGUUUGCCAUGGACCUUUGUUUCCUUUCAUCUCAGAGGACACUGAAGCGUCGGAAGCACAAGUCCUUCCCACAUCAAGUCCUCAGCGACGGCGCCCUUUGCGCUGUCUGCGCUGUCCGCGCUGUCCCCGCUGCGAGCGGCUGCAGAAGAAACUGAUGCAACUCCGGGGCAAAAUGCGUGCGACGCGCUGUGCUGCGUUCCGUCAGCUGCAGAGGGCCCAAAGAAAGGUCUCUGCGCAGCUGCAGAGCCUCGCGGCGACGGUGAGGCAGGAAGAUCAGCAACUUGCGAUCUUCGUCUCCAGACGGAACAUCCACCUGGAGGUGCUCUUUGAUCGCCUCCUCCUUGCGCGUUUCCUGAGCACCUGGAGGGGGAGCCUGAGCCCUCGCUCCAAGGCGAAGUUGCAGCUCGGGACAGAGAGAUCAGAGAGGAUGGCAUCCAGUGAGGACGGAGGCACUGGCAGAUUGACAGAUGACUGGCCCUGGAAAAUUAACCCUCACCAGAUCUCACAAGGACUCUGA